UGCUAUACAGUGCGACAGAAAUCCGGGAGUGUUGCGAACAUGCAUUUCCUGUGCCUAUUGAGAGCUGCAGCAGCUUCCCUGGCCCAUGCAAAGGUGCAAGCGAACUGGGUCUGUUCUGCCAGGAAGGACCCUUCUCCAGGCAUGCACCUGUGUGGCGAAUGCAGCAUGUCACUAGCACUUAUCAGUUAGGGAGCGGUAGGGGGCCCCUGGUUUCUUGGGGCUGCCUGGGCGGAGGGCAUAACCCUGUGGGUUUAGUGGGCAGCAUACGGCAUCGGGCUGGGGAGGAUUAGGUGUAGCUGGAGGGGCGAUGGCAGGAGGGGUGGUCCUUGUGCAGGGAGCCAGCAGGGGACUCGGCCUGCACUUCUGCAAACACAUUUUAUCCGCACGGAAAGAGGCGAGAGUGCUCGCUACCUGCAGGAGCCCCGAAGCAGCCAGCGCCUUACAAGCGCUGCAAAGGCUGUAUCCCCAGAAGCUCACUGUGCUGCGGCUGGAUGCCACUCGGGAGGCAGAGAUCCGAGAGGCAGCGGAAGCCGUGGCGAAGGAGCAUGGCCGGCUGGACCUACUCAUCAACUCUGGGGCGAUGUUGCACCCCAGCGCCAGAGGAGAGACGAGCCUGCAGGAGGUCUCAGCAGAGGGUCUUUCCAUAACAUUGGCAACAAAUACCAUAGGGCCCCUAGUGAUGGCUAAAUAUUUUGCCCCUCUGUUGCGGAAAGGAACUGGAGCAUUUGGACAUCAGUUUGCUGACCAGGCCAAACAGCAUAGGGCCAUACUGGUGAACCUGACAGCUAAAGUAGGCUCCAUAGGAGACAAUGCCUUAGGUGGAUGGUAUAGCUACAGAAUGUCUAAAGCAGCUUUGAACAUGGCUACCAAGAAUCUCAGCAUUGAACUUGGAAGAGGGAAAACUAAGGUGGUGUGUGUUUCUUUGCAUCCAGGAACUGUGAAUACCGACUUAUCAAAGCCUUAUCACAGGAAUGUUCCCAAGGACAAACUGUUCACCCCAGAAUAUUCAGUUAAUUGUCUAAUGAAUAUUAUUGAGAACCUUGAUAUGGGGAAAACAGGAAAGUUCUUUGCUUGGGAUGGAUCUGCAAUACCUUGGUAAAGACUUGUUUUAAUGGAGGCACGCCGGUACUGUGGAGAUGAGAGCAAUAUAAAUACCUAGCUAGAUUAAUGCUUUAGUAAACCUUUUGCUGUGGCAUAUGAUGAGAGCAUCCAAAAGAUAUUAGAUUUUAAUCCCAGUUCUGUCACUGACUUGCUGUAUGACUUUGAGCAAAUCUUUAACUUCUCUGUGCCUCUAAUUCACUAUGUGGUAAAUGUGGAUAAAACUUACCAACCUCAGGCUCUCGAAGCUAAAUUUGUUAAUGUUUGUAAAGGGUUUUGAGAGUCCCUACGAAAGGUGCAAUAAAGUAUAGGGUAUAGUUAUGAUUUUAUUAAUGAUAAUAAAAGCAUACUACUAAUUAUU